AUGCUUCUGAGCAUAAGGUGGGAUGAGGCUUUGCUAAUUUUGCUAAAUUAUUUGAAUGACUAUCCCGUCACCAUCACUUGUUUCUUGAUACUACUAACCAUUGUAUUCGGUAUUGUCAUAGAUUAUACCAUUACUCCUAAAGAAAUUGCUAACAUAUUUUCAAUUCCUGGUGAACUACCAUUUAUCGGACACUUGCAUCUUAUUCUUGAGAAUCCAGCAUUAAUUUAUUUGACUUGGUCAAAAUUAUAUAACCAAUCAGUUUUCCAAAUCCGGAUUGGCAAUAAACGGGUUGUUGUUGUUAAUUCUUUUGAUGAUGUUGUUGGAUUAUGGAUUAACCAUAGUUGUCAAAAUAAUUCACGACCAUUAAGUUAUACAUUUCAUGAUUUGGUGUCGGCAAUUCAAGGAUUUACCAUUGGGUCUACUCCAGCAAGUUCAACAUUUCAAAAAAAGAAGAAAACAAUCUCGCAAUAUUUGAAUAAACGACAAAUUGAAUUAAAACUGGAUAUUAUUAAUCGUCAAAUAAAUAUAAUGAUUGGUGAAUUAUGGAAACGUGAUAUUGAAUUUGAAGACAUUAAUUUGUUACCGUAUUUCCAAAAAUUUGUCCUACAAACGGCAAUUUUUAUUGGGUACGGGAUUGAAUUGGAUUGUUAUAAAGAACAUAACCAAUUUUGUCAAGAAAUAAUUGAUAUUGAAAACAAAAUAAUUCGGUUAAGAUCGCCCAUUUCGAAUUUACAAGAUUCAAUCCCUUUGUUGCGGAUUAUGCCUCGAUGGUUCAACAACUCUGAAAUUGCUCGAAUUUGUGGUGAGAAAAGAAAUAUUUAUAUGAAUAAAUUGUAUCAGCAACUUCAACAAGGUCUAGCUGAUGAUUUGCCACAAUAUAAAAAUAGUAUAUUAGGAGAUUUAAUAACCAAAACAAAGAAUAGGAACGAUAAUGGUGAGAGUGGUGGGAUGAAUUGCAUUUCUCGCAAUAAUUGUUUAAAUGAACAGGAAAUUCAGAGUAUAUGUCUAACAUUAAUUAGUGCUGGACUAGAUAAUACUCCAUUGAGUUUGAAUUAUUUAUUUGGAAUUUUAUCACAUCCUAAAUUGGGUGAACGUUUACAAACCAGAGCAAUAAAAGACAUCCUUGAAAAUUCGGGUGGUAAUGCAAUACUUGCUUGGGAAAAAGUACUGCUGUUGCAGGCGCUGGUGACUACUAAUCAAAAGAAUUUGAUGAAUUGUCAAUAUAUCGAAGCCCUAAUAAUGGAAACAUUACGACAUUUUACAGUAUUGCCAUUGAGCUUACCACGAUUGACUUCAAAGGAAAUUCGAUAUAAAAAUUUUGUUAUUCCUAAAGAGACCCAUUUAUUUAUGAAUGCUUAUUCAGCAAAUCAUGAUUGCCAGAUUUUUGUUAACCCCUAUAAGUUCGACCCAGAUCGAUGGUUAGAUCCAGUAUCAAAUAACAUCAAAUCUCAAUUUUUGAAUUAUAUAAUCAACAACAAUAGCAAUAGAAGCAACCAUGGUCGUGGUCAAUUCAAAUCUCACCAUAAUCAUCAACACUUUGCCUUUGGCGCAGGUUCAAGAAUGUGUUCUGGUUAUAAUUUGGUGAUUAAACAAAUGUAUGUUAUGGUUAUUAAAAUGUUAUUGAUAUUUGAAAUACAUCCACCCACUAAUACCAAGAAAUUAAUGGAAUUAAAUCCGUUUAUAAAUAAUCUGAAUCCAAAAGGUACAUCAUUUGAACCGAAAACUAAUCAAAUUAAUUUAAAGUUUCGCAAACUACCUAAUUAUAAAUCGCUACAUGAAUUGAUAUUACAACAAGAUUAA